AUGACGACUCCAUCAAGACGCCGACUCAUGAGGGAUUUCAAAAAACUUCAGGAGGACCCUCCAGCUGGCGUGUCAGGAGCCCCGACAGAAAACAACAUUCUGACAUGGGAAGCGAUCAUUUUUGGACCACAGGACACACCCUUUGAGGAUGGCACUUUCAAGCUGUCUCUUGAGUUCACAGAGGAAUAUCCAAACAAGCCACCGACAGUGAAGUUCAUCUCGAAAAUGUUCCAUCCCAAUGUUUACAACGACGGCUCGAUUUGUUUGGACAUCUUGCAAAAUCGUUGGUCUCCAACCUAUGAUGUUGCGGCCAUUUUAACAUCGAUUCAAUCCCUUCUCGACGAGCCGAACCCGAACUCACCAGCGAACUCCCUUGCCGCUCAACUCUACCAAGAGAGUCGACGAGAGUACGAGAAACGAGUUCAGCAAAUUGUUGAACAGUCUUGGUUGAAUUUUGGUGAAAACGAGGGUGAAGCAGAACAAAAGGAAGGCGAAAACACUGCCAUUGAGACGCCUACAGAAGGUGGUGAAGGUCCAAGCGAACCUCGAGAUCACGAUGCCCCAUCUGGAAGCGGCUCCGUU